GCCUUCGGGGCUUCGGGUCGGCGCUUCCGAUCCCAGCCGGAGCUGAAGUCGCCGCACGGCGGUGUCAAUGCGCGCCGCGACGGUCAGAAACGGGGUGAAAAAGCGGCGCUCGGAGCGCGGCGGGGCGGCGGUUCCGGAGGACUCCGCGCCACGUGGGUUCCAUUUAACCGCACGACUCCGAUGCGCCUUGUUGCACGCUUUAUUGAAGCCCUGAGGAGCUGCCAGCCACCAACUAAAGACUCCAAGAGACUCAGUAUGGCCAACGGGAGCUGGGCCACAGAUCGAGAACAGCUCCUGAGGAGGGUGCAGGACCUGGAGGAGGAGGUGAAGCAGCUGCAGGAGAAGCUGUCGGAGGGCAAGGAGGGCACUGCAGUGAAGGACACCCCUUCAACCUCCAGGAAAUCCAAGAAGCAGCAGCAGCGGCCAUUUGAUUUCAGUGCCCACGGCCGCAGGCACGUGGCUCUGAGGAUCGCCUACCUCGGCUGGGGGUACCAAGGCUUUGCCAGCCAGGAGAACACCAGCAACACGAUUGAAGAGAAGCUGUUUGAAGCCCUGAAGAAGACACGGCUGGUAGAUAGCAGGCAGACCUCCAACUAUCACCGCUGUGGGCGGACAGACAAAGGAGUCAGUGCCUUUGGACAGGUGAUUUCCCUAGAUCUUCGCUCUAACCUCUCGGAGGAAAGGAAACUAAAUGGCUGCACGGGUGACUCGGAGGGAAGAAGCAGUAAAUCCGAGGAAGAGCUGCGCUACACCCACAUCCUGAACAGGGUGCUCCCACCUGACAUCCGUGUGCUGGCCUGGGCCCCCGUGGAGCCAGACUUCAGCGCCCGGUUCAGCUGUCUCAAGAGGACCUACCGCUACUUCUUCCCCUGCGCAGGCCUGGACGUGGCCCUCAUGCAGGCUGCAGCCCAGCGCUACGUGGGGACGCACGACUUCCGGAACCUCUGCAAAAUGGACGUGGCCAAUGGCGUCAUCAACUUCCAGAGAACAAUUCUCAGCGCCCAGGUAACGUGGGUGGAUGGGGGAGCUGAAGGUGGCCUGCAGGACCCUUUCCGGCUGUGCCAGUUCGAGGUGACAGGACAGGCAUUCCUCUACCACCAAGUGCGCUGCAUGAUGGCCAUCCUCUUCCUGAUUGGACAGAGGAUGGAGGGCCCAGAGAUCAUCGAUGAGCUGCUGGAUGUGGAGAAGAACCCUCGAAAACCACAGUACAGUAUGGCUGUGGAGUUCCCCCUGGUCCUGUAUGACUGUGAGUUUGAGAACAUCCAGUGGCAUUAUGACCGGGAAGUGCAGGAGUUCAACGUUACCCACCUGCAGCAGCUCUGGGCCAGCUACGCCGUCAAGACUCAAGUGCUGCACAACAUGUUACAAGGUCUGGACGCUGCUCCCGUGGCUGCAGGGAAAGACCCAGGGAACGCCGCCCCUGUGCUCUGGGGAGACCUGAAGCCUCCAGUGCACAACCAGGCCAGCAGCUUUGUGGAAGGCGUCCGCGCUCGCGCCUACAAACCGCUGCUGGAGCGGCCGCGGUGCGAGGGGCUGGAGUCCCGCAUCCAGCAGUGCCUGCGCAGGGGCCGCGGCCAGGCCGAGCGGGCGGCCAAACGGCUGCGCACGGGGGAGGGGCCGGGGGGGGGGCUCCUGAAGGGCCGCCUUUUGCGCGGAAUAGCGGUGCUGCGUUACGGCCUGCGGGGGGGCAGCGCGGGGCCGGGCCUGGGGCACCGAGGGUUGUCGGGGUACGAUGAAGCGAGACGCGACGUGAGCGCGGCAUGA